UCCUCGGGUUCUCUCUUGUUUCCUUUUCCAUUCUUCUUUUCCCACACGCAACUUUCAACAUCACACCCCUCUCUCCUACAUUUAAUACCAUAUCUUACUCUUUUCUCUUUCCAUCUCUCAAAAAUCUCUUCUCUUUUCCCUCUUCUCCACCCUUUUUCAUUUCUCAACAUUUUCAUUUCUUCAUAUUCCUCACUUUAUUACUACAAUAUGGGGUACUCAGAGAAAGCACAAGUAGAAGGAGGAAUUGAGUCAGAAAAUAAUCGAAAAUGGGUUAUAGCUGGAAUUUCUUUACGAGCUCCAUUGAAGCCAAUUUUAACAAUUCCUAUAGAAAAACAACAACAACAACAGAAAGAAGAAGAAGAAGAAGUUGAAAUUGUUACAGAGGAAGAAUGUUCAACACCGACAAACGAGGAAUCAAAAAUUCCAACGUUGUUCACGUGUCCACCUGCUCCUAGAAAGCAAAAAUCUUCUUUGAAGUGGAACAGGAACUAUCAAGGUAGUGGUAGUGUUGUAAGAGAGUUUUUUACAGCGCCUGAUUUAGAAACCGUCUUUGUAAGACAUGUUGAAACUGCGUAAAGGUUAUAAUAACCUUAGUUUUUAGCUAGGUGUAAUAGCUCUUGUUAUGUUAUGUACCUUAGUUAAUUUUCUGUGUAUUUUUUUUUUCUAGUUAUAGAGUUUCCUUUAGAUUUGGACUAUUUUGUAUAGAGCUUUCUCAAAAUGAAUAAAAUUAUUUGUAUGAUUGAA